UAGGUCUGAACUAGGGUUUUGACAGAGCCCGCAAGACAGCCCCAAGAAAACUAGGAACCUGUAGGAGAAACCGCUCUUGACAGCGCCAGUGGCCUUCAGCCAACAAAGAUAUGGCCACCAAUGCCAGCCCCUUGCACCCAUACUGGCCUCGGCACCUGAGACUGGACAACUUUGUGCCUAAUGAUUGCCCUACCUGGCAUAUACUGGCUGGCCUCUUCUCUGCCUCUGGGGUCUUAGUUGUGACCACAUGGCUGUUGUCAGGACGUGCUGCUGUCAUCCCACUGGGAAGCUGGAGGCGAGUGUCCCUGUGCUGGUUUGCAGUGUGUGGGUUCAUUCACUUAGUGAUUGAGGGCUGGUUCAGUCUCUACCACAAGGACCUUCUUGGAGACCAAGCCUUCUUGUCCCAACUCUGGAAAGAGUAUGCCAAGGGAGACAGCCGAUACAUCCUGAAUGACAAUUUCGUGAUAUGCAUGGAGACUAUGACAGCUUUACUGUGGGGACCACUAAGCAUUUGGGUGGUGGUUGCCUUUCUCCGCCAGCAGCCUCUCCGCUUUGUCCUACAGCUCGUGGUCUCUCUAGGUCAGAUCUAUGGGGAUUUACUCUACUUUCUGACGGAGUACCAUGAUGGAUUCCAGCAUGGGGAGCUGGGCCACCCGCUUUACUUCUGGUUCUACUUUGUUUUCAUGAAUGUCCUGUGGCUGGUGCUGCCCGGAAUCCUCGUGUUCGAUUCUGUGAAGCAGCUCACCCGUGCCCAGCGCCUGCUGGAUGCCAAAGCCACAAAAACCAAGAGCAAGUAGAACUAAUGAGGGAUGGACUAGGCUUGAACGCUGGCUGACGACAAACAAUUCACCUGCCAGAAGAGUCCAAUUCUUGCUCCCACAGGCUGAAAGGACAAAAUGAAUUGAUCUGUCAAUACUCAGGCUGAUGGGCAGGCACCAAAAGGGCCAGGAAUCGGGAAGAAAGGAGCUGUGUGGAGCUACUGCCAGGAGCUGUUGGGACAAAAGUCCAAGAGAACCUAAGAGGUUUGCAGUGGUGGCAAUUUUUAAAACCAAGAAAUAAAAGUCCUUGACCCUAA